AUGAUUUUAACCAGAUCUUUAAUACCAUCUUUAUUAACUCGUUCUUUGAAAUCAAGAUUAUAUAGCACCAUGUCCUACCCAUUAGUCUGUUUAGGUAACCCAUUAUUGGAUUUACAAGCCAAUGUCGAUCAAGAAUACUUAAAGAAAUACGACUUGAAAGAUAACGAUGCCAUCUUAGCUGAAGAAAAACAUAUGCCAAUCUACGGUGAAUUAUUAAAGAGAGAUGACUUGGUUCUUGUUGCCGGUGGUGCAGCACAAAACACCGCCAGAGGUGCUCAAUAUAUCUUACCUCCAAACUCUGUCGUUUAUUUCGGUUCCGUUGGUAAAGAUGUUUAUGCUGAAAAAUUACACCAAGCGAAUGCUCAAUAUGGUUUAAGAACUGAAUAUCAAGUCCAAGAUGACAUUGCCACUGGUAAAUGUGCUGCUUUGAUUUAUGGUGCCCACAGAUCGUUAGUCACCGACUUAGCAGCUGCUAACCAUUUCAAACCAACUCAUUUGGAAAAACCAGAAAACUGGAAAUUAGUUGAAAAUGCCACUCAUUACUACAUUGGUGGAUUCCAUUUAACUGUUUCUCCAGAAGCUAUUAAGAAAUUAGGUGAGCACGCUGCUGAAAACAACAAGCCAUUAGCUUUGAACUUUUCUGCCCCAUUCAUUGCCCAAUUCUUCAAGGAUCCAUUGGAUGCUUCUUUACCUUACGUUGAUUACGUUAUCGCCAAUGAAUCUGAAGCAGCUGCUUAUGCCGAAUCUCACGGUUUAGAAACUACCGAUGUUGUUGAAAUUGCUAAAGCUGUUGCUAAGUUACCUAAAGCAAACUCAGCUAGACCAAGAACUGUCAUUUUCACUCAAGGUUUAGACCCAACCAUUACUGUCAAGUACGAUGCUACCAGUGGAGAGUACGAAGUCAACCAAUAUGCAGUUAAGGAAUUGGCUGCUGAUCAAGUUGUUGACACCAAUGGUGCUGGUGAUGCUUUCGCUGCUGGAUUUGUUGCUUCAUUGGUUGAAGGUAAGGCUGUAGCUGAGUCUAUUGAUGUUGGUCAUUGGGCUGCUAGAUUGUCUAUUCAGCAAGUCGGUCCUACUUUCCCAUUCCCAAAGCAAACCUACACUGCUAACUAG